AAAACGAUCAACGAUGUUCGUCGUGUUAGGUCAAUGAAUCGUCUCCUUCAUUGAACAUUUUAUUAAGUUAGUUAUUUGAAAUUGUAUUGGAUUCGAUCAAAGUUUAGUUAUAGAAUUCUAGGGUUUUUGAUUUUCAAUUCAGAGAAUCGUCGUAUUAUUUUCUGUUAAAAAGUUAUAAUCCAAGCCGAGAAGAGGAAAACAAAUCACGUGAGGUAAUUAUUAGGUAUAUCUUUGAAUCUGUACCUUUGUUCUGCAGCUGUUGACGAUUAAUUAUUUGGCUAUUUGUAACAAAUAUGGGUCAGUGCAUAAGCUUUGACAGGCGUAACAAUGAUGAUGACUCAGAUCAGCAUGUUGAAUUUGUUGGUAGUAAUGUGCACCUUGUUACUAACAAAGAGAAUUGGGAAGAGAAGCUCUCAGAAGCCAGUAAGGAUGGAAAAAUUGUUUUGGUGAAUUUCAGUGCAACAUGGUGUGGUCCAUGUAGAAUGAUUGCACCAUUGUACCGUGAACUUUCCGAGAAUUAUCCUUCUAUUAUGUUCUUGUUGGUUGAUGUUGACGAAUUAGCUGACUUCAGCAGCUCUUGGGAAAUAAAAGCGACUCCGACAUUCUUCUUUCUGAAAGAUGGGAAGCAACUUGACAAGCUUGUAGGAGCCAACAAGCCAGAGCUACAGAAAAAGCUAGUUGCUGUUAUGGACUCGGCGGCGGCAGAUGGUAACAAAUGAUGUUAUUCUGAGAGGGGCAGCAAUUAGCAUGUAUUAUGUUAUUGUGUGUUGAGUGUUGUUGUAAUUGGCAGCCUUUUUGUUUAUAGAUUUUGGUGUGUCAUGUAAAUAGGACGCCAUGAAAAUUUUGGGACCUAUCAAGACGAGUAAGGGGUCAUGUUGUAUUUGUCUAGCAACGUUGCUCUAGAAAUAUGCAAGUGCUUUUGAUUAUGCUA